CCGCAUAGUCUUUCUUGGAUCCGUCGCGCGUGAAGAGGCGGUUUGAGUUGCGGCAUAUGGACAUGUAUACCCAGUUGGGGGGAGACACAGAAUAUCGAUCCGAAACUGCUCGAGUAUGACGGCCUGGACGACUACAUCAUGAAGCGGUAUGAGGAAUAUAGAGUCGAUGCGUUCUAUCCAACGAUCGAAUUGGCCACAGGCGCGCAAGUCUCGGACAUAGAGCAUGAAGUCGUAGAACCCCUGACCGUCCCGCUCGGGCAAAUCGGACUAUUCACCAACGAUUAUCGGUCCUACGACGGCGAGGUACAAACGAGAGAACAGAUCGGCGAUCCACUCACCAACUCGAUCGAUAUCACGCUCCGCGAUAGAACGUCCACCGUUGAUGAAGCCAAGGCAACUAUACAUGUGAGGACUAUCAACGACGAGGGGAGGUUCUUGCAGGCACGGAAGAAGUUGUAUGCCCUGAAACGCAGCUAUCGCAGGGCGCAAGAAGCAUUUCUGGACCCUUGCGCCGCUGGCGCUAGAGGCAAUCACUGUUUCUGUGCAGUUCUUUCUCGGUACGGGAUGUGUAAAGCUGACAUGGACGAUUGGGUAGACUGGCUAGCUAUACCAGCAGCAGAAAUUGAGAAUGGCAUCGCACGUCCCGUUGUUGUACCCCUUCGACAAACGGAGCGAACAGAUGAUUCAGUGUUGCGGCGAUCACGUCCAGCGACCAAAAUUCCCUUUCGCAAAUCGCAGUCUAUCAACAAUGCAAGCCACAUGCGUGUCGCAGCCGUCAAGAGAGCACGUAGCGUCCAACGUACCGACUGUCUUGAUGUCGUCCUGGAAGAGCUCGGUACUCUGUUCGUCGGUCAGAGCUGGGAUGUGUACUGGAUAGAGAGUCAUAUUUCAGGGGCGAUACAAGCAGCAUUGAGGAAGUUGGAGAAGCUUUCAGGACUUGUGGAGGUGGAAGUAUCUAGCUUGGAGUGA